ACAAAACUCACCCAUUGUUGCAGAAACAAAAAAAAAACAAUGAAACUCCAAAGCUUCCUUAGCUCUAUACUACUCUCCUUCACUACUACCAUCCUCUUACUUCUAUCAAUUCCUCAUUCGGUUUCUGCUAACCACGCCGGUUUUCUCCAAUGUCUAUCUUUCCGGUUAAACGACUCCAACAUCAUCUCCAAAGUCAUACACACACCAAACGACUCUUCCUUCUCCUCAGUCUUAUCAUCAUCCAUACAAAACCCGAGAUUCUCCACUCCCGGUACACCUAAACCGGUCUUAAUCCUAACUCCGGUACACCCUUCACACGUUCAAUCCGCGGUUAAAUGCGCACGCCGGUUCGGUAUCCACAUCAGAACCCGAAGCGGAGGUCACGACUACGAAGGCCUAUCUUACGUGUCACACAAACCCUUCGUGAUCAUCGACUUAAAAAACCUCCGGUCCAUCACAUUAAACAUCGAUAACCGCUCGGUUUGGGUCCAAACCGGAGCAACCAUCGGUGAACUAUACUACGAGAUAGGUAAAAAGAAUAAAACCUUAGCUUUCCCCGCCGGUGUUUGCCCCACCGUCGGCGUCGGAGGACACUUCAGCGGCGGAGGGUACGGUACUCUUCUAAGAAAACACGGUUUAGCUGCUGACCACGUGGUGGACGCACGUGUGGUUGACUCGCGAGGGAGGGUUCUUGAGAGGCGAGAGAUGGGUGAAGACUUCUUCUGGGCGAUACGUGGAGGCGGCGGGUCCAGCUUCUGCGUCGUGCUCUCGUGGAAGAUCGGUUUAGUCGAUGUUCCGUCGACGGUGACGGUCUUUAACGUCACGAAGUUUGAAGAACAGAGCGCGGUGAAGAUCGUGCAUCGUUGGCAGUUUGUUUCCGACAGAGUGGAUGAUGACUUGUUCGUGAGGGUUAUGUUGCAGAGGUUUAGGGAUAGGGUUAGAGCUUCUUUCCCCGGUUUGUAUCUCGGUUCGGUUAAGAGUUUGUUGGAGUUAGUAAACCGGGAGUUUCCUGAACUCGGUUUGGAGGAGAGUGAUUGUCAGGAGAUGACGUGGAUUGAGUCUGUUGUUUGGUUCGCUGAGUUAGGUGACGUGUCGAUUGAUGUUCUUGGGAAACGGACACGUGCGUCUUUGGCUUUUAAGGCUAAAUCGGACUUUGUUCAAGAGCCAAUACCGGAGAGUUCGAUUUUGAAGAUGUGGAGAAGGUUGCAAGAACCGGAGGCAGAGUUAGCGCAGCUGAUUUUCACUCCGUUUGGUGGUAGAAUGAGUGAGAUUCAAGAUUACGAGACGCCGUUUCCGCACCGUUACGGGAACAUGUACGAGAUUCAGUACUUGAAUUACUGGAGAGGAGGAGAGGGGAGAGAGAAGUAUAUGAGAUGGGUGGAGAGAGUUUAUAAUGAGAUGAGUGAGUUUGUGUCGAGGUCUCCGAGGGGGGCUUAUAUAAAUUUAAGGGAUCUUGAUUUGGGGAUGUAUGUUGGUGGUAAGAGGAGUAAGUAUGAGGAAGGGAAGAGUUGGGGAGUUAAGUAUUUUAAGAAUAAUUUUGAGAGGUUGGUUAGGGUUAAAACGAGGGUUGAUCCUUUUGAUUUCUUCUGUGAUGAACAGAGUAUUCCUACUUUUAGUUCCGUUGAUGUUAUGUGAGAGAGUCGAGUGUUAUGAGAGUUCGAGAUUAUGUGUUGGAAAAAAUAUAGAGUGAUGAAGUGAAGUGCUAUUGAGUGUUUGUGUUAGUGUGUAUACUAUAAGUUAUUUGUUUGAAAUAUAUUUCAUUUAUUUUAGUAAUAAUCUGUAGUUGGAUCUCAUUCAACAACAAAAUAUGGGGGGGGGGGGUUACUUAACGAGAAAGUUUUGAGAAACGUUCACACCUCUUCCAUAUUGUAGCGAGGAAGCUUGUCAGAGUACAAACAUUAGCCUCAAUUUGUUCACAUAGUUCCCAUUACUAUGUUAUAGUUACUUGCACGUGAGGUAAACCCAUAGAGGCAACAACAUACAUUGAUGCCGCUAUCGCGUCAGAAGAAAUCGAAGUGGUCAUAUGACAUAUCACAAAUGCUGAUAAAUAAAAAUGGUGUGCUAAUCAAAAUAUCUAAGACCAAUCGGUGAUUUAUUUCUCAGAUCUCAUUCUAUCAUUUUCAGUUU